AAAUUUUCUUUAUGCUACGUGAAGACAAAUUCCCAUUAUGUUAAUAGGGAGUUGACGCUCUGUACGCCUAAGGGUUAAACGUGCCUGUGUUUCAAGUUUUAAUCUGGGACACUUGUUUCAAGAAAAGGGUUAAGGCAUUAAUUUAGUACUGAGAAGCCUGAGGAACUUAGAAUAUCUGAGUCCAUUUAAAUUGCUUGACCCUUGUUACGGGACUUGCAGAGCAGGACCAGUUUUGUGAGGCAACGUGCCAUAUAAGCCGGGAUGUCCUGAAUAUAGAACUUAACUAAGUCCAUAGAGUAAACUCUUCUAAAAACAAGAAACCAACCUAUUGAUAUAACCUACUAACAGCCCUAAAACAUAUGCAUCUCCAGGGACCAGCAUGAUUUUAUGUAACAGUGAUGCAUUAUAGAGAUUUGCUCCUUCCAUGGACACCAAACUUUGCAGUCCCUGACUUCAAUGAGAAGAAACUUAAAGGCAACACUUAAAAAUUAUGUUUGGUUAGGACAUCAUUGUUUAGCAGUGUAGAUUAGUUUUGCAACGUAUGUGGAUGAGUAACUGAACUUUCUUUUGCUUUCCACAGACUGGCAUUCAGAAUGGCAGGCUUGUCUGCUUUAAUCCUCCUGCUGUGUGCUGCUAAAGAUGUGAUGCCCUCCAGUUCUCACUGGAAGCCAACCUGGCCAUCUUACAGAGUUCCAGUUAUCCUGCCACAGUCUACCCUUAACUUGGACAAACCACGGUUUGAUGCGGAGACCAAACUGGAAGUGGUAUCUCCUUGUGGCCCAGCAUGCCACAAAAGUUCCCCACUGCCAACUUAUGAAGAAGUGAAGAACUACUUGUCCUAUGAAACCUUGUAUGCUAAUGGUAGCCUCACUGAAACUGAAGUGGGCAUAUAUAUUCUGAGCAACAGCGGUGGUGGGUCGCAAGGCAAAUCUCGAACUAAGAGGCAGAUCUAUGGAUAUGACAGCAGGUUUAGUAUUUUUGGGAAGGACUUCUUGUUGAAUUACCCCUUCUCCACGUCAGUGAAGUUGUCUACCGGUUGCACGGGGACACUAGUGGCUGAAAAACAUGUUCUUACUGCUGCUCAUUGUAUCCAUGAUGGCAAGAGUUAUGUCAAAGGAGCUCAGAAACUGCGGGUGGGGUUCCUGAAGCCCAAACUGAAAGAUGGCAGCAAAGGGGCUAAUAUUACCAGCUCGGCAAUGCCUGAGAAAAUGAAAUUCCAGUGGAUCAGAGUGAAACGAACACAUGUUCCCAAAGGAUGGAUCAAAGGAAAUGCCAAUGAUAUUGGCAUGGAUUAUGACUAUGCCCUGCUGGAGCUCAAGAAGCCUCAUAAAAGAAAAUUUAUGAAGAUAGGUGUGAGCCCACCAGCAAGACACUUACCCGGAGGGAGGAUUCACUUCUCUGGAUAUGACAAUGAUAGACCGGGAAACCUGGUUUACCGUUUCUGUGAUGUCAAAGAUGAAACAUAUGACCUACUCUAUCAGCAGUGUGAUGCCCAGCCAGGUGCAAGUGGAUCUGGGGUGUAUGUGAGGAUGUGGAAGAGGCAGAAUCACAAAUGGGAGCGUAAAAUUAUUGGAAUAUUUUCAGGCCAUCAGUGGGUGGACAUGAAUGGCACCCCACAGGAUUUCAAUGUAGCUGUUCGCAUCACACCCCUCAAAUAUGCACAGAUAUGUUACUGGAUCAAAGGCAACUACCUUGACUGCAGGGAAGGAUAAAGGUGAUGAAACUCCUUGAAAGCACUUAAUGACUGGUUUUAAUUACUCCUCUGAGGAAAGGCUAGACUUCUGCCGCAGAUGUGCGUGACAUGAUUUUUGCAACACCGGGAUGUGAUCUAUAGCUUUGCAAGCAAGCCACCUUCUUCUCACAACAGUGGUUGCGUGGUGCAGUCGUUACAACUAAAAACUGUUCGGGGAGAGAGGAACAUCUUCUGGGUGGGGAAGGAGCAGGUGGACUUGCUGACUUUGCAGCUGAGCAACUGAAAAAUAAUUAGGGGUGGGUCAGUAAACAGUGCAAAAUCGGAACUAUCUCCAAAGAAUCUUAUAAAAGGGACGCUGUUGACUAUCUCAUGCCUACAAUGUUUGUUUUAAUAAAUCCUAGGAUUAGUAGAAAUGCUUUGAUCUGAACUUUUAAAAGAAAAUAUUUCUAUGCUGUUGGGGGCUGCAGAGGGGCAUUUAAUGGUGUUUGCAACCCAAACAUUAGAGCUUUGUGUUCUUGCAUGAGUAAGGGAGUGUGAAAAGGGCAAGGCAUGCACUGUGGGAGUUAAAUGCCACACAAAUAGCAUGGAGGGUAAAUAACUACAUAAGAUUUAUAAACUUCUCAGCUUGUGUGAUUUGAGACGUUAUUAGUAAUAGUUAAAAAAAAAAAAUGCUUUUUGAGCAAACAGACCUUGAUGUUGGUCAUAGGAACAGUGCCAUUGCAUCCUGCUUUGAUAAACACAAAUUAUACAUCGACUUAAAUGCUUCACAGCAGCUGGGGCAUAGCCUUACACCUAGCAGGAUCCCUAUGAAUACACUACUAUAGGAAGCAUAUAGGGACAGAGGCUUGUCUCCUGUUGUGACUUGUGAUCUUUUAAGGAAGAUCUCUUGUCAUCAACUCAGACUCUUUGGAGAGGAGGCCUGUUUGGUCUUGCUGACCGUCUGAAUUGCUGGUUGUAAAGCAGAUAAAGGAGAAAGGAGGACCAAGGUUUUAUUGCCCCUCCCCUUUUUAUUGAAGAUCUGUGCUGUUUUACUCACAAAUACACGAGGCAGAGUAACCGCAGAUUUAUGAGUGUCUUUCCAUCAAAUCCCUUUCAAAGAUAAUUUUUACAGCAUCUUGGCUUCUGUUUCCUGUGUUGUUUGGGGCAAGGUUCCCCCUAUUCCCAUCACAUUUUUGAGUCACCUGUAGUUCUUGUCACAGCUCAGUGAUUCUGCGGCUGGAAUAGAGCCAGAUUAUAGGAUGUAAUCCCAGUUAGUGAUGAAAUGAUGCCCUUCUGUCUCCUGUCGACAUAAGUGGCUUAUUUUACUAUAGUAGUUCAAAACAAGAGGCACAGUACAAAAUCAGCCCAGCCGUAUUUGUAGGUCAGCGAACAGUGCUGGGAAGUCAAUGUGGUCUGUACAGUGUUUCUCAGGUGGAUUGUGCCACUGUAUUGCAGUAACAUGGUUAAGUAAAUGCUGCCAUGACAGCACUUUUUUUUAAUAAGGGGAUAGACCCUGGCUCCAGUUCCAGUUUUUCUUCCCUCCAUCUCUCACUGUCUCCUGAAGCUCACCAAGCUGCACUUGGCACCGAUGUGGUGGGGCAAACACAAGCCCCUUGUGUGAAAUGGCAGAGCUGGGAAGGAAUGAGUCUAGUCAGAGUUGCCCUGUGCUGUAUGAGGAAAAUGUUAGUUCAGUUAAGCCUUUCCUUCACUCUACUAUUCUGUGGCAUUUGUAAACAUAUGCCUGAUGGUGCUUUAUCUUUGUAACGGCUUUGGCUCUAGUUCUGAAGGCCGUUUGUGCUAGAGCUGCCUAUGAUUAUUAUUUUUAUAGGUGCAGCAUACAAAAACAUGGACCCUGGGUGGGUCCAUGCUUCCAUGUUCCAUGUGGAUUUCCAUGUGGGUUUUUGGUGCACUUGGAUACAAGCAGUUACUAAUGCUCUGAAAUAUGAAUAAUCACCGUAUGUAUCUGAUGGUGGUCUUCCGCCUUUUUAUUUUAGAUUUCCUUUAUUCUUACGGCUGUUACCUGGAGCACUUUUGUUUGAAUGUAUCACAGCAAAUAAAGAAAAGUUAUGGAAUUCCAAUGCAGACAUUCCUGUAUUUGUACUAUACUUGGGUUGUACUUUCAAUCGCAUUUCACAAUUACUUAUUUGUG